AUGACCAAAACCCGGCUCUUCCGCCUGUGGCUGGUCUUGGGGUCCGUGUUCAUGGUCCUCCUGAUCAUUGUGUACUGGGACAACGUGGGCACGGCCCACUUCUACCUGCACACUUCCUUCCCCAGGCCGCGCCCCACCCCCGCGCAGGGGGCAGAGAAGGAGUUCACGGCCGACGUGGACGCGUUUUUGCAGAAGCUGCUUAGCGGCGGCCUGAAGCAGAGCGCCCCCUCCGGUCGAAGGACGGAGCAGCCCUCGGUGCAGGCCUCGGGCAGGCCCGUGCUGAGCAACGCGGAGGAGAGCGUGCGGGGCUACGACUGGUCCGCCCGCGACGCCCAGCAGGGCCCGGACCCCGGCGGGCGGCAGGCCGAGCGGAGGAGCGUGCUCCGGGGGCUCUGCGCCAACGCCAGCUUCGUGUUCCCCACCAAGGAGCGCUCGUUCGACGACAUCCCCAACUACGAGCUGAACCACCUGAUCGUGGACGACCGCCACGGCGUCAUCUACUGCUACGUGCCCAAGGUGGCCUGCACCAACUGGAAACGCGUCAUGAUCGUGCUGAGCGAGAGCCUCCUGGACCGGGGCGCCCCCUACCGCGACCCACUGGACAUCCCGCGGGAGUACGUCCACAACUCCAGCACCCACCUGACCUUCAACAAGUUCUGGCGCCGCUACGGCAAGUUCUCCCGCCACCUCAUGAAGAUCAAGCUCAAGAAGUACACCAAGUUCCUGUUCGUGCGCGACCCCUUCGUGCGCCUCAUCUCCGCCUUCCGCAGCAAGUUCCAGCUGGAGAACGAGGAGUUCUACCGCAAGUUCGCCGUGCCCAUGCUCACCAUGUACGCCAACCGCACCGGCCUGCCCUCCUCCGUCAGCGAGGCCUUUAGCGCGGGCCUCAAGGUGUCCUUCGCCAACUUCAUCCAGUACCUGCUGGACCCGCGCACCGAGAAGCUGGCGCCCUUCAACGAGCACUGGAGGCAGGUGCACCGGCUCUGCCACCCCUGCCAGAUCGACUACGACUUUGUGGGCAAGCUGGAGACGCUGGACCAGGACGCCGCCCAGCUGCUGCGGCUUCUCAAGGUGGACAAGCUCCUGCACUUCCCCCCGAGUUACCGGAACAGGACCGCCAGCAGCUGGGAGGAGGGCUGGUUCGCCCCCAUCCCCCUGGCCUGGAGGCAGCAGCUGUACAAACUCUACGAGGCCGAUUUCGUCCUGUUCGGCUACCCGAAGCCCGAGAACCUGCUCAGAGACUGAGGGCGGCGGGGACAGUCCCGAACGCCAGAACCAACCGGGCUCACGUCAUCUGCCGUCCCACGGCCGUCUUCCCGAGGGAGGAGCGAUGGGCUCCCGCGUGGAUUUUUUCACGGCCCCGUUUCCCUGCCGGCCUGACACGGCAGGGUUCCCCAGCGCUCCCGUCAACGAGGAGGCUGGAGACCGUCCCUACACUCCAGUUUUUUAAAUAACCUACGAUUUUGCAAUCUAGACGUACCGUUUACUCCACUGCCUAUAUUCGUUCAGUACUGUGUUAAUAUUGUUUUCUAAGAUUAAUAUAUUUGAGAUAUUUAAUAUGAAAAGCGCAGAAAGAGAGGAUGGAGUAAAUGUUACACCUGCUU